CGGUCCACUAGUAUCAUGCGAACCCAAAGACUGAAGCAGAAAACUGAAAACCUGAUCAGACGCCUCGAAUUUUCCUCUCUAAACUCCACAAAGCUUUUCAGAGAAUGCAAACGAAGUUUUUGGAUUGGUACUUGAAGAUAUCUGCUGGGUCAGCUCUUGUUGGGGCUGGCAUGGAAUUUUUCAUGAUUAAGACUGGCUUCUAUGACAAAGUAACUGUCCUGGAGUCGGAGAAGCGGGCUUGGGAGAGCUCUCCCGAAGCUCAGGCAAUGAGAGAAGCUCUGAAUCCAUGGAGAAACCAUGACUCAGAAGCAGCCAAGAAUUCCUAGUAGUUAUAAUGUCGGAGCUUUGCUGUCAUAAAGGAAAAGGUAUGCUGAUCGGCAGAAAAAAUUCAUUGGAAAGGGUGACUUGCACGUAUCUUGUAGACUUCAAAAGCAUGACGGUAGUGCAGAAGUAAUGCUUCCCUUUACUGGUGAGAUUUUGCGUAACAAGGCGAUCACCUUUAACCCCGUCUUUUGCUUAUUUCUGGUGGCAUAACAAGUCGAUACCUGCAUUACCUAUAUCGAACCUGUUUGUAAAUUGGACUGUGUAAUAUGUUCUUGAUAGCAUUAUGGUGAAUCGAAUUGGCAAACUCUAGAUUUUUCAAUAACUGAAUGUAAUGCAGCUAAUUGUAAUAAAUGAUGGGAUUUUCUGAUUA